AUGGAUUACAAUGGAGACAUUUUAGAUAUAGAAAGAAACAAUCUAUUAGUUAAUCAAAUAACUAAAAAUGGUAGAAAAUUUUGUUACAAGCUCUUCUUAUUUAAAAUGAGAUCAAAAAGUGACAAAUUGAGGCAUUACGAAAUAAGUAAUUCCGUUACAUCAGAAAAUUUUAUAAAAGCAUAUUUAACAAAAGAGUCAAAUUUUAUAUUGCUUUCAAAUAACCGAUUUUAUAUGUAUGAUAAUGAAACAAAAAAAAAACGUUGCUUAAUGAAUUUAAAUGAUUCAGAACCUAUAGAUUUUAUAUAUUUCAAAGAACAUAUAAUUUUUAUUCAAAAAAAUAAGUUUUCCUUGUUUCAAUCAAAAGCAAAUGGAAAAUGUAAUGUUAUGCUAAAUUUAAAAGAUACUCCCUUGAAAGUGAAUUUUUGUUCAUAUAAAAAUAUUUUAUAUUUAAGCACUUGUAGAAGAUUAUAUUUUUUAAAGUUAAUAUAUUUGAAAGAUAAAACAUUAAAAGUGAAAAAUACAAAUAUGAGUCUUCCAUUCAAGAGUAAAAAGGAAAAAUAUUUAUAUCACUCUUACAAAAAUAAAUAUUAUAAACUUAACAAGGAAUAUAAAGAAGUUAUACACGUUUGCAGUUACUCAGAUAAAGACAUAACAGUAUAUAAAUUUGUAAAAGGAAAAUAUAAGAAUAAGAAAAAAUGUUUAGUAAAAUUAUCAGUAAAUAAACUAAAUAAUGAGAUAAUAAAAGGAGGAUUUUUUUUUAAAAUUAAUGUAUUUGAUAAAGAAAAAAAAAUAAAUGAAAACAUUGGUAAUGAAAAUAAUGAUAAAAAAGAAAAUACUUCACAUGAAUGUCAUAUAAUAAAUUCUAUAACAGAAGAAAAUAUAUUAAAUAGAGAAAAAUUGAAAAAUGGAAAUGAUAAUGUAUUACUUUCAUCAACUAACUUAUUUUCAGAUGAUAAAAGAAAAGAAACAGAGAGAGAAAAUAACUCAAAUAUUUCUUUAAACUCUUUAAAUAUGUGUGAACAUAGCGAAAAUAGAGAAAACAAUAUCCCUUUCGAUUUAAAUGUAUGUAAGGAAAAUGAAAAUAGUAAUAUGAAAGAACAGGGAAAUAUUUGUAAUUUAAAAAUUAAGGAAAAUAUUAUUAAAUUAUAUUUAUUGAUUUAUGGUGAAAGUGGAAAAAUACAAAUAUAUUUUAUUGAUUAUUUGAAUCAAGAAAGUUUUAAAUUUGGUUUCGCAAAUAUUAAGAAAAACCCAGUUUUAUAUAUGCAAUUACCAUUUAAAACAUAUUUUAUAUAUAAUGUUUCUGAUAUAUUCUCAGAAAGAGUAGCAAAACAAAAAAGUAUAAUACAAAAAAAAAAAAGAUUAUCAUCAAAUUAUAAUAAGUACUUAGAACAUAUAAUGAAUAAAGAGAUUUAUAUUAAUAGUAAUUUUUUCUUUGAUGCAGUUGCAAUGAAUGAUAACACUGCAAAAAUAUAUACAAUUCAAAUUAAUCAUGAUUUUUUAUAUACUUUUCAAAAUAAUACAGAAUCAAUAGAAUUAAAUGUGAUUGAUUCAAACAAUAAAAUAAUAGCAGUGAAAAAUAUGAGUGAUAAUGAAAAAAAAAAGAAUUUAAUAGAUAAAGUUAUAAAUGAGUCUAAAUUUUCUUGUUAUUCAGAUAGUGAUUCAUAUAUAGAUAGUGAAAUAACAUGGGAAGAUAGUGAUAAUAGUGAUAAAAAAUCUUCUUAUAAUGAAAGUGAUUCUUUAAUGGAGAGUGAUUCAACAAAUGAUGAAGAUAAAGAGAAAUUAAAUAGUGUUAAUAAUUUUGCUAAUAAUAUGAAUAUGGAAAAUAAACAAAAUCUCUUAGAAAUUCAUCUUAAUGGAAAUAUAACAAAUGAAUCACCUGAUGUGGAAAUUAAAAAAAUAAAAGAAAUUAAAUCAAGUGCAGAAAGUAAAAAAAGUGUUAAUUCUUCUGUAAAUAAAGAUAAUAUAGAAUUUUGUUCUCAAGAAUAUUGUUCCGAUGAUGAUAUAUAUAGUUGUAAAAACAAAAUUAUCGAUGAAAGUUAUGCAUUGGAUAUAAAAAACUGUGCAAUAUCUAUAGAUGAAAAAAAAAAAAAGAUUAAUCAUAAUGAAAAUAUGGAGAAUCAUGCAAUACUAGGUAAUAAUGAUCAAGAUAUAUACAAUGGAAACUCUCUUUUUUUAAAUAACCAUAAUAGUAAAUGCUUAGAAAAUGAGAACAUAAAUUUAUUAAAUGGUAACACUGAUAAUUCAAAUUUUUAUUUAAAUGAAGAAAAUUUAGAAAAUUCUUCAGAAUUUGAAAUAAAUAAAAAUAUAUUGAAAAAUCAAAAUAUGCUUUAUUCAACAAAUUCCAAAAAUUCAAGCGAUGAUUUAUGCAUAUCUUCAUCAUCAUUAUUAAAUAAAGAAGAUUUAAGUUUGGAAAAUUCUUAUGCAAAUGAAAAUAAAUUAGUAAAAAGUAAAGAUGAAGAAUUAUACAAUGAAGAAGAAAAUAUAUAUGAUAAAAAUCUCAAAGAUGAAAAUGAAAAAGAAGAAAUAUUAUUGGAAUUAAAAAAAGUUGAAGAAAUAUAUUCAUACAAUAAAAGUCAUGAAUUUAAUCUAAAUAAAAAAGAGGAAAGUAAUAUAAAUAAAAGAGAAGAAACCAUUAUUAAUAAUGAAAAUAGCAGUACAAAUAAAAAAAAAACAAUUAUAAUAAAUGACGAAAUAGAACACAAAGAAACAGAAAAUGAAAUAAAAGUAGAAUUAAAGCAAGUAAAGCAAAAAAGAAUUGAGAAAAAAAGACCAGAAAAGAGAGUUAAGGAUGUAGAAGACAAAAAAUAUAAAAAUGAAGAAAUAGAGUUGGAUAUAAAGGAAAAAAAAAAUGAGACAAAAGAAAAUAUCAAAAUAGAGGAUGAAAAAAAAAAUAUAGAAAACAAAGUAAUAAUUGAAACAAUAGAGGAAAAUUUUGAUAAUAUAGAGAAUAAAAAUAAAAACAUUAAAAAAAAAAAUAUGCGUACAUAUAUAAAUGAAACGGAAACAGAAUCAGAUAAAGAAGGUAAAAAUAUCAAAGAAAAUAACAUGAAAAAAAGUAAGAAAAUAAAAGAAGUUGAAAUAAGUAUACAAGAUGAAGGGGGAAUAAAUAAAGAAAAUGCAAUUACAGAUGAGCAAAAAGGAAUUACUAUAAAUGAAGAAAUGAAUAAACAAGAUGUACUUAUAAAUGAAAAAGAAAAAUUUAAUAAAAAUAUGAAAUUGAAAGAAAAAAAUAUAGACAAAGAGAAAGAAAUGUAUAACGAAGAUAUUAAAAAAGAAAAUGAAAGUACAGAUAAAGAAAAAAAAAUUGAUGAAAAUGAAAAAAUGAAUAAUCAAAAUGUAUACAUAAAUGAAGAAAAGGAAAUAUAUGAAAAUAUUAAAUCAGAGAAGGAAAAUACAUGUGAAGGGGAAAAAAUAAAUAAAAAUGAAGAGAUAAAUAAAGAAUGUAAUAGUUCAAAUGAAGAAAAAGGAAAUGAUGAAAAAAAAGAAAAAAUUAAAAAAAAGAAAAAAAGAAACAAAAAGAAAGAAGAAGAAGUAGUAAAGGAAGAUAUAGAAGAAAAUAUUUUAGAAAAAAGUAAAAAGAGGAAAACAGAUGAUGAAUUUUCAUAUGAUAGAAGGGAUUUUGAUAAUAAUUCUAGUGAUUUAAAAAACAAUUAUAAUCAUGAUAUGAAUAAUAAAUUAGAUAAGGAUUUAGUUAAUUCAAAUGAUAAAUUUUUGGUAAUUUCAUCAAUGAUUAAACUUAAUAUAUCAUUAAAAAGAUAUUGUAACGUAAUAGACUUGAUUAAUACGAAAGACGAAAAAUUAAUUAAAAAUACAAUUAUAAAUUUAGGAAAAAAACAUUCAAUAAAACUUUUAGAAUUCCUUUUAAGUAGUUUAACAAAAAGUAAAUUUUUUAUUAACACAUUUUAUAUAUGGAUUAAAACCAUAUGCAAAGUACAUAAAAGUGUAUUAAAAGAGAAAACAAAUCGUAGAUUAGUAACUAAAAUUUCAGGUAUUGCAACAAACAUUCUGAAAAAUGAAUAUAUGGUAAAACAUGUUGUAGAAAAAAUAAAUUAUACUAUUGAUAAUAUUAUAAAAAAUCAAGUUUUCGAUAAUGUAGAAAAUCUUAAUUAUAAGGACGGAACUAUAAUAAAAUAA